GAGUUCAUUCGUGAAUUCUGAAGCGAUUGUUUCGUGUAAGCGAUCAGUCAUUUUAUCCUCAGAUGUACAGUGAAAAUGAAUAUGGUUUCUUUGAUUCUUGUAACUUUCAUUAUAGUUUCACAAUUUCCAACCGAGCAUUACUGUCUAUCUCCAGAGGUGAAAAACGCUUUUAUUCGUGACAAAUUCCGCAUAUGUAGAACGAGCGGCGACCUUGUUGUUGAAAGGAGUUUGAGAAGAUACUUCACAUGCGUAAAAUACAAUAAGGAGUUCUUCCUACACAAAACGGACUGCAGAGAAGGUUGUUACUUUGAGCACUACUUCAAAAAGUGUGCUUGUGUUCAAAAUGCGAAAGUGGCAUUCGUUCUUAAAGGACAAUGUAAAGACAACACAAUUAUAGAGUCAAAAGUGGAGCCAGACGUGUAUUUCUUAUGUAGAAAUAAUUAUACCUUGGCAAUACGUUGCGUCUUUCAUGCAUUUUUCAGCCGCAAGGUGGGUAGAUGUGUUUUAAAGCCUGGCCACAAGCCACAACCACAUCCUAUAAUUAAACCAAUUACAUCAACAACGACUACCACUGUACCGACCACAACAAGCACAUCAACAACAACGACUACCACAGUACCAACCACAACAAGCACAUCAACAUCAACAACUACCACAGUAACAGCCCCAACAAGCACAUCAGCAUCAACAACUACCACAGUACCAACCCCAACAAGCACAUCGACUACCACAGUACCAGCCUCAACAAGUACAUCAACAUCAACAACUACAACAGUACCAACCUCAACAAGCACAUCAACAUCUACUAGCACAGAACCAACCACAACAAGCACAUCAACUACCACAGUACCAACCUCAACAAGCACAUCAACUACCACAGUACCAACCUCAACAAGUACAUCAACAUCAACAACUACCAUAGUACCAACCUCAACAAGUACAUCAACAACAACUAGCACAGAACCAACCACAACAAGCACAUCAACUACCACAGUACCAACCUCAACAAGUACAUCAACAACAACUAGCACAGAACAAACAACAACAAGCACAUCAACAUCAACAACUAUCACACUACCAAUCUCAACAAGUACAUCAACAUCAUUCCCAACUACUUCAGCAUCUACUACAACACCCACAUCAACUCCUACUGAGUCUCAAACAACUAUCAGUUUCACUACACCAACUUCAACUAAAUUUUCAAGUACAACUGCAUCGCCACGUCCACCAACAACAUUCACAAGCACAACUGCAUCUCCAAGCACUGCAACUCCAAGUAGUACAACUGUGUCAACUAGCACUGAAACUCCUAGUACAGCAUCUCCAAGUAGUACAUCUACAUCUACAAGCAGUACAACUGCAUCUCCAAACAGUACAACUGCACCUCCAAGCACUGAAUCACCUAGCUCUACAACUGCACCAACAAGCACUGAAUCUCCUAGCACAGAAUCUCCAAGUAGUACAACUGCAGCUUCAAGCACAUCUGCAUCUGCAUCUCAAAGCACUGAAUCGUCUAGCACCUCAUCUCCAGGCACUAAAUCUUCCAGCACUGCAUCUCCAACUAGUACAUCUACAACUCCAAGCACUGUAUCUCCUAGCACAGUAUCUCCAAGCACUGCAACUUCAAGCAGUACAACUGCUUCUCCAAGCACUGAAUCUCCUAGCACAAUAUCUCCAAGCAGUACAACUACAUCUCCAAGCACUGUAUCUCCUAGCACAGUAUCACCAAGUGCUACAGCUGCAACUUCAAGCAGUAUAACUGCAUCUCAAAGCACUGCAUCUUCUAGCAUCACAUCUCCAAGCACUGAGUCUUCCAGCAAUGCAUCUCCAAGUAGUACAACUGCAUCUCCAAGCAGUACAACUGCAUCUCCAAGCAGUACAACUGCAUCUUUAAGUAGUACAACUGCAUCUCCAAGUACUACAACUGCAUCUCCAAGCAGUACAACUACAUCUUCUAUCAGUACAACUUCAUUUCCUAGCACAGAAUCUCCAAGCAGUACAACCACAUCUCCAAGCAGUACAACCGUAACUCCAAGCAGUACAACUGCAUCUCCAAGCAGUACAACUGCAUCUUCAAUCAGUACAACUGCAUCUCCAAGCAGUACAACCGCAUCUCCAAGCAGUACAACUUCAUCUCCAAGCAGUAAAACUGCAUCUUUAAGCAGUACAACUGCAUCUCCAAGUAGUACAAAUGCAUCUCCAAGCAGUACAACUGCAUCACCAAGCAGUACAACUGCAUCUUUAAGCAGUACAACUGCAUCUCCAAGUAGUACAACUGGAUCUCCAAGCAGUACAACCGCAUCUCCAAGCAGUACAAUCAUAUCUCCAAGCAGUACAACAUCAUCUCCAAGCAGUACAACUGCAUCUUUAAGCAGUUCAACUGCAUCUUUAAGCAGUACAACUGCAUCUUCAAGUAGUACAAAUGCAUCUCCAAGCAGUACAACCGCAUCUCCAAGCAGUACAAACGUAUCUCCAAGCAGUGCAACUGCAUCUCCAAGCAGUACAACUGCAUCUUCAAGCAGUACAACUGCAUCUCCAAGUAGUACAACUGCAUCUUCAAGCAGUACAACUGCAUCUCCAAGUAGUACAACUGCAUCUCCAAGCAGUACAACCGCAUCUCCAAGCAGUACAACCAUAUCUCCAAGCAGUACAACUGCAUCUCCUAGCAGUACAACUGCAUCUUCAAGCAGUACAACUGCAUCUCCAAGUAGUACAACUACAUCUUCAAGCAAUACAACUGCAUCUCCAAGUAGUACAACUACAUCUUCAAGCAAUACAACUGCAUCUCCAGGUAGUACAACUGCAUCUCCAAGCAGUACAACCGCAUCUCCAAGCAGUACAACCAUAUCUCCAAGCAGUACAACUGCAUCUCCCAGCAGUACUACUGCAUCUCCAAGCAGUACAAUUGCAUCUCCAAGUACUGUAUCUCCUAGCACAAUAUCUACAAGCACUACAACUUCAUCUCAGAGUACUUCAACUUCAUCUCCAAGCAAUACAACCACUUCUCCAAGCACUGUAUCUUCUAGUACAGCAUCUCCAGGUAGUUCAACUGAAGCUUCAAGCAGUACAAAUGCAUCUACUAGCACAGGAAUGGCAACUGCAAGCAGUUCAAUUGCACCAUCAAACACUUCAACUUCAACUCCCAGCAGCACAGCUCCAUCCCCAUCAACCUCCACAGCAUCUUCUUCAACUAUUUCAACAGCAACCAGCACUCAAUCUUCUUUAACUCCUACUGCAUCUUCUUCAACGACUACUGCAAUCCCAACAACUGAAACUUCAUCUUCUUCAACUGUGACAGCGAAUACUUCAAUCACUAGUGUAAUGCUAACUACUACCACUGUACUUCCUCCAACAACUGAUUCUUCACUAGGAUCCAGUACAACCAGACCAUCAUCUAGUGCAGCAGCAUCUUCAUCAAUUGAAUCUACAACUAUAACCCAGUCUCCAUCAACAACUUUAAUAACCCAAUUGACUUCAUCAAGUACUCUAGCAUCAUCAUCUGGAACAUUGUCAUCAAGCAUUGGUUCAACAUCAACUGGCACUCAAUCAUCUACAGGUUCUUCAUCACCAACUAUUGCAUCAACACUAACCAGUUCAUCCCCAUCGAAUACUGAGUCUACAUCAAUUGGUUCAUCUCAGUCAAGCACUCAAUUAACAUCAACACCAACCAUCACAUCAGAUAGUGGAUCACCUACAAGUACUGAAUCAACAUCAGUGAUUAGCACUGAGUCUACAUCAAUAGGCUCAUCAAAAUCUACUAGUGCAUCACAAAGUACAGAAUCAUCAUCAAUAGGCUCAUCAACACCCAGUAAAACAUCAACAUCAAUUGGAGCUUCAACAUCAAUGGGCCCUUCAACAGGUACUGAAUCAACUUCAGUGUUCAGCACUGAAUCUACAUCAAUAGGCACAUCAGCAUCCAGUAAUGCACCAACAAGUACCAAAUCAACUUCAGAUGUAAGCACUGAAUCUUCAUCAACAUCCAGCAAUGCAUCAAAAUCUACUAGUCAAUCACCAAGUACAGAAACAACUUCAACAGGAUCAUCAAUAUCCAGUAAUACAUCAACAAGUACCGAAUCAACUUCAACAGGCUUUUCAACAACCAGUAAUAAAUCAACAGGUACUGAAUCAACAUCAGCUGUGAGCACUGUAUCUACAUCAGCCGGUUUUUCAACAUCCAGUAGUGCAUCAAAAUCUACUAGUCAAUCACCAAGUACAGAAACAACUUCAACAGGCUCAACAACAUCCAGUAAUACCUCAACAAGUACCGAAUCAACUUCAACAGGCUUUUCAACAACCAGUAAUAUAUCAACAGGUACUGAAUCAACAUCAGCUGUGAGCACUGUAUCUCCAUCAACCGGCUUUUCAACAUCCAGUAGUGCAUCAAAAUCAACUAUUCAAUCACGAAGUACAGAAACAACUUCAACUAGUCAAUUACCAAGUACAGAAACAACUUCAACAGGCUCAUCAACAUCCAGUAAUACAUCAACAAGUACUGAGUCAACUUCAGUUGUCACCACUAAAUCUACAUCAACAGGCUCAUUAGGAUCAACUAGUGUAUCACCUAGUACAGAAUCAACAUCGACAGGCUCAUCGUCAUCAAUUGGUGCUUCAACAACAAUUGGUGCAUCAACAACAAUUGGUGCAACAUCAACGUCAAUAGGAUUAUCUACAUCCAGUAACACAUCAACAGUUAGCGAAUCAACAUCAGUGGCAAGCACUCAAUCAACACCAACAGGCUCAUCAACCAGUUUGUCAACUAAAAAUACUACACCAAAAGUGACAUCUACUAAAAAAUGGAUUUUAUAGAGAGUUCAUGCAAUACAAUCUAUCUAGAAUCUAUCAUUGAUUAUCCUUACAACAGCUGAUUGUGUUUGUUCUUUAUUUUAUGCUUACAUUUUCCAUUUUUUAAAUCAUUUUUUUUAGAUAUUUCUCAACAUCAUGAAAAAGGGCUUCAGUGAAAGUCUGAAUUCAAUUCAAUUUGAAUAAGCAGUAAAAAACUGAUGUUGAUCUGAUAAAUAAUGAAAUCUGAAAACUGAUGGAUAUUUUUUUUCUUACACAAAUCAAGAUAAUUUAUUGUUAAAAACAAAGCGUUGAUUUGAAUGGUUGCCUGACAAUUAUUAUAAAUUAUUUUCAUGAAAUGACAAUGUUAUUUGAAUUUUCAUCAAAAUAAUUAUUGUGACUUCCAAUACAUGUCAAGUGAAAUAAUUAUAAUCAACAAAACAAAAUUCCUAAUUAAUGCUGUAAAAUACUCUGAAGACUUCCGCUGCCUUACUGCAAACAUUGACAACAGAAUUAGCUAGAAAGAAAUUGAAUUUUGCUUUACAAAAAUAUAUUCUCCAUUUAUUCCGUUGUUAAUAUUCGCAGUAAGUCUUCAAGAGUAUUUUAUAGCAUUAAUUAGAAAAACUGUUACUGUAUGUUAAUUUGUUAUUCUGAUUUCACACUAAUUGCAAUAUGACAUAAUUAUGAACUCACUUUUAUAUUAAAUGAUUAUUAUGAUUUUGAA